AUGAACAACAAUAACAGCCACUCCAGCGAGGUCAAUUCGGCCGUUGCCACCGACCUGCCUCAUCGGCCUGCGCCGACUGCUCGUUCGGGAAUCCCAGGUUCGGAACGACGCCGGUCCGCCGCCGGGUCCAACUCAAUCCUGAACAACAGCAAUGGCAGCGCUAGUGAGUCGGUGUCUGGUGAAUCCCCGCUCGCCCCUCACGACUACCGCUCUUCGUUCAGCCCCAAUGCAUUGCGCACCUCUAGUUCCUCCAGUCUGGGAGGCAGUCCAAUCAUUGCCAUGGGGGACCCGCAUCACCAGCGGGCACCCUCGUUGGGGGAACUCCAUCAGGAACUAGAGCAAGAGCAGGAAGCACAAGUGAAUCGACUGCUGCAUAUGAUCCGAAGCCAGCAGAGCCAACUGCACCAACUCCAACAGCAACAUCAACAGUCUCACGCCUCAUCCGGCACGGCAGUGGUCGACGAUGCCAGCACUCCGUCGGAGCGCAUGGUCCCCUUCCCCCCGGUUCCUCAACACCCCGCCCCCGGCAGUCGGACGUCGACCCAAUUAGCUUCGUCUUUGUCAAGUCGGCGGCCCUCCCGGCCCUCCAGUCAAGCCGGGUCACCCAGCCUGCGACCCCGGGCUGAUUCGUCACGCGGCCCGGAGGGACUGGAGUGGACGGGGGGUAUCGGCGAAAGUCCUGCCCGGCGGGGAAGCAGAGAUGAAGGCGCCCUCUAUCAGGCCGAGGCAGCGAUGCUGGCCCGGGAGAAUCAGAUGCUGCGGCAGCGCAUUCGCGAGUUGGAACGCCAAGUCAGUGAAUUCACACUUGGUGCCCAACCGAGUGAAAGUUCCGCAACUCCUAGCAGCCACGGCACCGACAAUGCCGGAGGCCAGGAGCCCGCGGGACGGGGAUCGGCAAGCGACUUGUCGGACAAGACCUGA